AUGGCUCUGGAAGCGGAGACGGUGCUACGGCCGCUGUUCUUGGCAGCGGACGGCGGCGGCGACGGGGAGGUGACGGGCAGGGAGGCGGCCCCGGUGUUCCUUGCCACGGCGGAGAAGGACCGGCCGGUGGACCCGAUGAUCUGGGGCGACGAGAAGCGGAUGAAGCGGGAGCUCCUGGUGUGGGCCAAGGCCGUGGCGUUCAUGGCGGCCUGCAGCAACAACACCUCCUCCUCGCCGUCGCGGUCCACGAGACGCAGGGGAUGCUAUUGUCCGGAGUCUGGUCCGGGUUUUUAUGGUUCAUCAGCUUGUAGUAAUCGAGCUUUGUAG